AUGGGAAAGCCGGUUGUUUUUGACAUGGAUAUGAGUGUUGGGGACUUUGUAGCUCUUUUUUAUCUCCUGAAACUACCUGUGGAACUCAUCAACCUAAAGGGAAUAUUGGUAACUUCAACUGGUUGGGCAAAUGCUGCAACGAUAGAUGUCAUAUAUGAUGUACUGCAUAUGAUGGGCCGUGAUGACAUUCCAGUUGGUCUAGGGGACGUAUUUGCCAUUGGCCCAGAAGAGCCUGCAUUCCCUAUAUUGGAGAUUGCAAAUAUAGGAAGGCCAUCCCACUUGGCAGUGGUGGCCUUUUGGACUCUGAUACACUCUAUGGUUUUGCUCAUUACUUGCGUCGCAGUCCUAGAAGUUACUAAGGAAGAUGAGAUUCAGUAUGUUCGUCUAGACUAUAAAUAUGAUAGGGGAGUCAUAACAAUGGAAAAUCCUUCUAGGAAGCAACUUUGCACUGCUUAUAUCAGUUUGUAUAUCAUUAAAUGCUUGCUUUACGUUUUGACAAAUUACUGCUUCAAUCACCCUGAACUAAGACAACCUUUGGCACUGGAUGUUUGGAAGUUCAUCAUACAUUCACUGGAACCAGGAUCAAAGGUUACUAUAUUAACGAAUGGACCCUUGACUACUUUAGCCAAAAUCAUCCUUCCAGACAACUCUUGCUCCUUGAUUCAG